UGAACAAAGCGGCGAGAAAGGAAAGGAGAGAGGCUGAAAGAGUGAAAAGAACUGACACGCUCGCACUCGCUUUUGCUCUGUCGUCCGGACAACGAGGCGCGGAGCGCUGAGAGCGAGCGGAGGAGAAAGGAGGGAAAAUGCAUGCAGACACCGAGUGAGCUGGAGAAUCAAUCGCAGCAGCAGCUCAGGACCCAGAGCUCCGCUUCAGUUCACACUCUUGACUCCCCUCUGGACUCACUGUGUGAGUGUGAAGACGAGAAGAAGAAGAAGACCCACUACUUCGGCACACACACACACAGACAGAGUCAAGCCCGGGUCCGAACAGGAGGAGGAACAGCACCACCGACUCGAACCCAGAAGUGACUGGACUGGACAUUCCCAAACUUGCCCCCCAACUUCUUCUAAUUCUUCUUGUCAGAGGAGCACCGCUCAUCUCCUGCACCCGAAACAGUGGCACAGGCAGCUGGCUGUGUGUGACAGCCUGACGGCUCUGGGUGAGGCUAGUUAUACGUUGAGAAGUUGCGUUUGAAAGCCAUCUCGACCAUCUCCGAGGAUCGCGGCCCGGUGGAGCGGUCGGGCGCAUCGGACCCCGCGGUUGCAUGUCGAAAGGGAGAUCGGCAUAUAACAAGUGGCCUGAGAAGAAGGCGGAUGCUCAGCCUCAUAAGCAGAGAGGUCAAUGUGGUGCACAGCGCGUUCUUUUGAUGGCUUCUGGGUCUCGGAGACGCGAGAACGGAUCGCUGAUGGACUCCGAGGAUGAGCCUUCAUUGCUGCAGGCAGACUGGGAGCACGAGGAGGAUGAGGAACAGGAGGAAGAGGAACAGGAUGGAGAAACGGAGAGCAGCUGUAACCCAACUGAGGACACUGGGCUCUGGGGGUUCUGGGGGGCGGUGGGCUGGGCGUACAGUCAGCCCUGGGUGUGUGGGUUGGUGCUUGGGGCUGGAGUGUUGCUGCCUUGCAUCCUCUCUGCCUAUAUGUUUCUGCUUUGCCCCCCUUUGGACAUUGACCUCUCGUACAGCGCCUUUGAGGUGCGCAGUCAUGUGUCAGCCCAGCGAUUUGAUGCGCUCACCAUUGCCCUGAAGAGCCAACUGGGGUCCUGGGACAGGCACAGACGCGAGGCGGAUGACUACAACUCCCGUGCCCUGAGGGACAUGCUGCUUGAACGGUUAGGGCGGGAGGGUGGGGUCUUCAGCGAGAGCAAGCUCUCCAAAGCAUUAAAAAAUAACUUAUUUGGGGAUAGGGAAAUAGAAGAUGUUGGGGGUGUGAGACAAAGGGCUACUGGUGGAGAUAAGUCUGAGUACAAAGAAGACAGAGAGACAAACUGCACGGACCUGGAGAAAAGUUCUCAGCUCACAGAGCAAGAGAUUGACCUGGCUGAAGAGACGGAAGAAGGUGCGACACGGACGGGGUCUACUGUCAGGGUGCGCCGGUUUGUUGAGGGAGCCCCAUAUUACUUGCAGAGCCAGGCAAUGUGGAAAAUGGAGCUGGUGUUCCUGGCCCAGGGGGAGACCAAUGCCAACAUCUUCACUCCUGAGCGCCUUCGCACCAUCCACCAUGUAGAGCGCCUGGUCAUGGCGCACCCCCAGUUCCGCCAGUUCUGCUGGAAGCCCCUUGAGAUUCUUAAGGACCUGUCUCUAGGACCCUCCUACUGCUCCCCACCCAGCUCGCUCCUCUCCUACCUUUUCCCCAGCGAACGCGGAGGCAAGAUUUACUACGAUGGCAUGGGACCAGACCUGGCAAAUAUCCAUGGGGCCUUGAGCCUGGCCAUCACGCAUCCACAAUUCUACUGGUAUGUGGACGAGACGUUGACCCCAGACAGCCUGCACAGCUCCCUGCUGCGCAGUGAGAUCCACUUCGGCGCCCCCUUGCCCUCCUUCUUCUCCCUGCAGGACCGGAUGGACGAGCAGAAGCGCCGUUUCCGCAGUUUUGUGGUCCAGUACGCUGACAUCCUGGCCCGCCAGUCCACCAGCCAGGUAAAGGUUCUCUAUGGGGGUACAGAGCUAUUUGACGAUGAGGUGAGGCGCACCUUCCAUAAUGACAUGCUGCUGGCACUCAUCAGUGGGGGCUGCAUCGCGGUACUGGUCUACAUCCUCACCUCAUUCUCAGUGUUCCUGACUAUCUUUGGGCUGGCCAGCAUUGGCCUGAGCUGCCUCGUGGCUCUCUUCCUCUACCACGUGAUCUUCGGUGUGCGCUACCUGGGCAUUCUCAAUGGUGUGGCAGCAUUCGUCAUCGUCGGCAUUGGGGUGGAUGAUGUCUUUGUCUUCAUUGGUACCUUCAGGCAAGCCCACCAUAUAGCCCACCCCCAGCAGCGCAUUGUCUACACGGUUAAGACCGCAGGCCGUGCCACCUUCCUCACGUCAUUCACCACUGCUGCUGCCUAUGCCGCUAACACCUUCUCCCAGAUCCCUGCUGUUCAUGACUUCGGCCUGUUCAUGGCACUGAUCGUCAGCUGCUGCUGGCUGUGGGUGUGCCUGAUGAUGCCCGCCGCUCUGUGUGUGUGGAGCCGCUGCCUGGCACAUCAAGAAAAUGCCUGUCUGCAGCGGUGUCAUCUUCAUCAAGAGCCGUCGACUGGCUAUGGCCCUUUGUCAGAUCAGGACGAUGACAUCGCUCUUCUGUCCUUGGAGAUGGAAUCAGGCUCUUUUGAUGCAGAAUCUGAUGCCCCCAUGGUAUCUUUGCAAGUGGAGAUUUCGCCUCAGCUCGACGGGCAGGGUGGAGCGGGGGUGGUGAGCUCAGGCCUUCAGGUGGCUCUGCGGCGCUGGGUGGCUGAACCGGUGGUCGAGAACCGUAGGGUGGUCAUAGGUAUGUAUAUUCUGGUUCUGCUGGUGUCAGCUGGGUUCUGCUGCCUGCUCCGGCCAGCCAGUCGUGCUCCUCUGCUGUUCCGCCCUGAUACCAACCUGCAAACUCUGCUCGGCCUGCGCAGCAACCUGAGUGCCCAGGCCAUCUCCUGCCACACGUGCUCUGGCCUCUUCAUGGAGAAACCCCACUCUCUGCAUGGGGCCUCCCAUUCCUUCCGCUCCGCACCUGGCACAGCUCCCGAGGGGUACCCUCCUGACCCCUCCCGCAGUGCAGCACAAAGUCCAGCCAAACACAGGACCGGUGUGCCCCAGAAAGGUCUACUGUGCACUGUGUAUGUGUCCAAACUGGAUAUCGGCGCUGCUGUUACACUGUAUCGAUUCUCUCUGAAUGCCAGCGUGCCAUCGCCCUGGAAAGCCCUCACCCCUGGGAAUGGAGAAGUACCAUCCUUCCAGGCCUUCAGUGAACCUCACAGCAACUUCAGCACACGCAUGACGGUGUGCGUGUCCCAAGUGAUGCACCCCCGCUGGAUGAUCACCUCGCAGUCCUGCGAUGGCCACCGUGGCUGGCGGCCCGAGUUCAGCUUCUACGUGGCGUCGGCCAAGCAGCAGAACAGCAGAAAGCUGUACUUUGCCCAGCUCAGGCGCAGCCCGUACCCUAGCAGAGUGUGUGCCGCGCCUCCUGGCUGUGUGAUCAGCGCCGGGCCCGACGGACCCACCAAGGGCUCUUUCUACACCCCCCUUUCUGCAGACGUAAAACCGGCCACGGUUUCCAAGACGUCAGACUUCAACCCUUGUGGAGGGGGUGGCUGUGGACAACCUGCGGUGCGGCCCCUGGUGGACACGGGGGCCAUGGUGUUCGUGGUGUUCGGGAUUCUAGGAGUGAAUCGCACCCGCCAGUCCGACAACCACGUCAUCGGAGACAUGGGCAGCGUUAUCUACGACCCGAACUUUGACCUCUUCAAAGAGAUUGGGCCACUUUGUCAGCUCUGCAAAGCGAUCGGUGCUAACACACGACUGGUGAAACGUGGAGGAGCCCAGUGCUUGCCUUCGGGAAACAGCCUCUCGUCCCUCUUGCCCCUUCUCCACCCGGACUGCCAGGGUCUGCCUCAGCCAAACCUGUUGCCUGGUCAGCUGUCUCAUGGGGCCGUGGGCAUGCAGGAAGGCACGGUGCGCUGGCUCUCCAUGGCCUUUGAGUCUACCACCUACAAGGGGAAGUCCUCCUUCCAGACCCACUCUGACUUCCUGCAGUGGGAGGCAUUCCUGCAGGAGCAACUCUCAGCCCUCCCCCAGACAUCUGCUUUACGCCGUGGCUUCCAGACCUGCGAACACUGGAAGCAGAUCUUCAUGGAGAUUCUAGGUGUGGAGAGCGCCCUCUACAGCCUGCUUCUGUCCUUGGCCAUCUGCAUUGCUGCUGUGUUCGUUUUCACGGCCCACCUGCUCUUGCUUCUGCCCAUACUCCUCACUAUACUGGGUGUAAUCUGUCUGGUGGUGGCGGUUAUGUACUGGCUCGGCUGGGAGAUGGGCGCCGUGGAGGCCAUUUCCCUCUCCAUCCUGGUGGGGUCUUCUGUUGAUUACUGUCUUCAUCUGGUGGAGGGGUUCCUCCUGGCUGGGGAGACCACCAUCCAAAGUACCAGUCACUAUUCAGAGGAUGCCUCAAAAGUGCGGCAGUUGCGCGCUCUGCUCGCUGUGGAUCACGUCGGCGUGGCGAUCGUUUCCAGCGCGAUCACCACAGUGAUCUCUACGGUGCCCCUCUUCUUCUGUGUCAUCGUGCCUUUUGCCAAGUUUGGCCAGAUAGUGGCCAUUAACACAGCUGCCUCGAUUUUUUUCACUCUUACCGUCAGCGCCGCCCUACUGGCCACCUUGGGACCUGCUCAGUUCGAUCGGCCCUCUGGGGCAGUGGUGAAGGCUGGCCUGGCUGUGGCUGUGGCCGUGGCCUUCGGGGCUGCUGUUUGCUGGGCGGGGGGACAGCUGUUUGGCCCCAUUGGCUGGAACACUACAUAGCUCCACCGUGGUUGUGCCUGCUGUGUUGGCUGUUCUGUUCUAAAUGGGACCGUGUGGCCGUUUGGUUUCCAUGUUUUUGUCCCGUGACAGCAGGGCUUACCAGGGGGAGCACGCAGAGCUGCUCCGGUGGACGAAUGCGGCAUACAUGUUUUUUAUGUGUGUUCUUUGUUUUGGUAGCAGGGUUUGUCUGAAACACAUGCCAUGGCCAGCAGACGCAAGGUGGGUUGCUAUGGAAGCUACCCUGAAUUCUGUGAAUUCUGUUUGUAGGCGUGAGAAAAUGGCACUGCUGACAGUUUGCAGACAUAAUAACGAGAGCAGUCAGACCACAUGAUUCCACGUUGUUCUCUCCAGGGAUGUCGUAAUGCGCCGAAUUAUCAGCUGAUGCCGCUAUCGUUGCCCCCACUGCUUUAAUCUCGACUCUGGCAGCUCGUCUUCCUCUCCUGUAGCAUCUGAAAGAAAGGCAGCUGUUUCUAAGUGACAAAUCGGCAAGGCCAAGAAAGCAGUCUGUGUUACAGUAGUUUGACAUCGGCUCACUGUGCCACCUGUGGGGAACAGGCACCAUGAAAGGUGUUCACAGACGUAUAAGCUGAGGAUAACAAACUGGAUACCGAUGUUAAACACAGCAAUCCGCAGCAGUCAUGAGCUAUGAUAAGCCAGUCUGAGAUGCAAAGUUUACAGUAUGUGGAAUACAAAAGAACCUCAAUAUAAAUGCCAUUUUUUCAAGGCUUGGGGAGGUUUAAUACUUUGCCCACAAUAUUACCACAACAUCACAAUAUUGCGCAACUGUUUGCCGCACCGUAUCAAUACUUUCUGUAUUCUUCAGGGUUAUUUUGCAGAUAUCUACUCCUCUUCUGGCUUUGUUGGCUUAAAUUACUUUUCUUCGUUGAGAAAAGAAAUAUCACUGCCUCCCCAGCUUCGUUAUUGCUAUUUUCUGAAUAUAUCUGAGAACAGAUGGAUGCUGGCAACCCAACCGAGUCUGAUUGAAUAUGAAGAGUGCCUCGUGCUUGUACAACACUAGCUGUUGGAGGACAGACCCUGGUACACAGUCGUGGCACAUGGCCUUGGUACACAGGCACAGCUGAAUCUCACAGUAACCCCCAAGUAUACUGCUCCAUUUAGUCACAUUCUGCAAAGGAUAGGGCUGUGUUUUGUAGUAGCUCACAACUUAAGAGGACAGCAUGGUAACCCGAUUCAUGUUUAGAGGUCACUUAUGGGGAAAGUGUGAAAAUAUAUACGUGAAUCUAGAAGAAAAGUUGAUGUAUUAAAAAUGGCCGUUAUCUUUAACUACAUAAUGAAA